AUGCCGCCAAAAAACACUGAUUUCGACAAGUUGAGCACGAAUGAGCUAGUGAAACACUUAGCUCAGUUUACAGGCGUGCCAGUGCCCAAGGCGGAUGUCAAGAUCAUGGGCAAGUGUAAUAUCACAGGCUGCAGUCUCGUGUACUCUGGCACAGAACAGGCUUUCAAGGAGGUUGGGCUGUCCUGGGGCACCGGCGCUAACCUGAUGUGCAUGAAAGAAAACUACCUCAAGAAAAAAAGGAAGGCGGAUGAAGCGGGACUGGCUGAUUAUGAAUCUGACAAGCGUUUGCAAGCGGCCUUUCAAGCCGAUCUAGCCCAGUCAGAUGGAACCCCACGCGUGCAUAUCCAGGAAGGAAGUGGUGAUACCACAGACACUCAGAAGAGCAACCAACGCCGGGACGAACAGUUUGUGCGACAGGUGAAAGUUGCCCAGCAGCAAGCCCCAGAGCUUCGCCAUACGGCAAAGCUCAGUGCGAAGCAACGUCGUCGGGUGUUUGAUCUUUUUGAUAGGAACUUCAAGGGUCUGGACGAUGCCAAAUCCCUGCUCUCCUCUCCAAGCAUCUCUGUGAGACUUCCAUUUCCGUUCUUGGGGACUGAGAUUCCUAAGCGAUUCAUGGUCCGUAAUGACCAGGGAAACUAUCAUUACAUGGGACGGGAGGUGUUCUCUGGCCUUGUUGAUGCUUUUGACUCAAUGGCAGAGGGUUUUGGCCAUCCAAACCUCUGGGUAUAUGGCCUCAUGGGCUACGGGAAGUCGCACCUUCUUGCAACCCUCACAUGUUUUCUCACGGCAUAUGGCUAUCGGGUCGUGUACCUCCCAGACUGCCGCAUAUGCCUCGAAGAUCCUACGAGAUACCUGCAGCAAUGCUUGCUGUUUACUUGGAGUGAUCUCCCUGAGAAGGUUGAGGAAAUUGUUAAACUGCAGGACAUGAAUGAAGUUGCCAAUUUCAUUGCCAAUAACUGGUCCACCUCUGUUGUAUUUGUCAUGGACCAACUGAAUGCCCUGGAUGACGAAGAUGAAGCUUCAACAAAAUCCCAUGUACGCCGUUGGCUCAAAAGAUGUCGCUCUGGGUUGAAAACAGUCCUCAGCACUUCGGCAAAUAACAUCUCCUUCCACCGCAUGACACAGAGACAGAAUUAUGACGAUCUGUUCACUGUAUAUGGCGGGUUCACCAGAGCAGAAAUGGACGCUUGGUGGAGCCACCACAGUGCCGUGGCCCUUGGAGAUUACACACGGGAUGAGGUCGAGGACUACACAGGCUGUAACCCGUUGUUGCUGGUGAGCUGCUUUGAAGGAGGCAAGUUCAAUCUCACUUGCGAGGAGAUUAGUCGAAUGAUCCGACACGCACAACGCUUCACGGGACGUAUGAAAGACAAGUGCACUGAAUGGGGUUGGUCAAGAUACCAAUCAUAUGUGAAAGCCUGUAUUACUGAAAGAGCUGUUCCCGAUAAUAUUGACCCAGAGCAUGUAGAUCAUCGGUUUUUCCAUGAAAGAAAUAGGACUGGGUAUUGCAUCUGUGGCGCUGUUCGUGAAGCAGUCAUUAAAGAGCUGGCUUCGCUCGGGACGUAUUUGUUUUCAAUUGAAGAUAGCAUGAGAGCAAUGGGCCACCUCAUCAGCAACCCGUCUGUGGUCGGAUAUUUCCUUGAGAAUGCCGUCCUUCGCUCCAUCGUCACCGCUGGAAUUCCCUGUUUGGAUAUAAUCGGGCCAAUGCCCCAGUUCAUCUUCCAGGAGUUUCCAUCCUACAACCUCUCGCAUGAAAAAGCUUUAUAUGUGCCUAGGACCUACAACUUCCCUGCGAUUGAUGCCAUCCUUUUGCGUCUUAAUAAUGUGGACAAGAAGGCUGAACUCAUACCAAUUCAAAUCACGAUCCAGAAAGCUCAUAGAAAUUCAGAAGAACAAUUCUUCAACAACUGGUCCUUCUGGCAUGACUACCUUGAUGAUUAUGAUGUCAAAGUCACCUUCCUCUGGAUCACCUCGGACGGGGGCUUUAAGAGAACUUCCAUGGAGGAAAGACUCCGGAAGACGCGCGGCGGCUCCGAGAAGGUGGUUUGGCCCGACUAUGACUCUGCCUACAUCCCGCUGAAGGAAGUGAACGGAAGUGUUUGGAGGAAAUACCAAGAAGUCAAGGCCAAGCAGGCAUUGUUACUACCCAAUUGA